AUGCUUUUGAAGUCAGGACUUUUCCUCUCUUUGUGUCUGUUUACCCUCCAAGCAAGUCAAAUCAAAGAUCCUCAUGACAAAGACUUUUCUGGACUCAGGGAUGUGAAGUACCGGCACUUUCUAGAAACCUCCAGACCAAUCAGACACACCACAAAUGUCAGAGCAGAGCAGGACAGACAUCGGACGAAAAGGUCAACAAUCUUCCAUACAGGUGUCAAAGUGUGUCCGCAGGAGACGAUGAAAGAAGUCAUCGGCAGCCAUCGGACCUACUACAAACUCAGAGUUUGUCAGGAGGCGAUUUGGGAGGCAUUUCGGAUCUUCUUCGACCGAGUCCCUGACUCAGAAGAGUACAGAUCCUGGGUUUACACCUGCCAGCAUGAAAACCUCUGCAUGGAUGACCUGGCAAAGAACUUCAGCAGCGCUCAGGAGCAUCUUGAUAUGGUGGCCAGGAGAGUUGCCAUGACAGCUGAAAUUGAAGGAGUUGACGCUGGAACUCCAGAUCCAAACAGGGAAUGCACGUGGACGCCCCAUCUGCUUCUGCUACCAACUGAGGCCGAAGUGAUCCAAGAAGACUUGAAAAAGGAGAAUUUUGAGUACAUUGUGGAGUUCAGUGUCACCGUCGUUGACCCGGCAUACAACGAUGUGUUGAGUGACCCAGAGGCUCUACAUACCAGUGAAAUAACACGAGAGCUCACAGACAAGAUGCUUCGUGUCUUUGAAAAAGUACCAGGAUUCAAAGAGAUUCAAGUUCUGGGGUUUCGCUCUGAUGAUGUGACAGUGCGAGUAGUCUUUAAUGGAGACACGGAGCUCACUGAUGAUGCUGAGGUUCUUGAGGACCCAGACAUAGAUGAGGACGUUAAUGCUCCUAAACUGAAGUACAUCAUAGUGAGGGCCUUAAGAGAGGAACCGUCACUCCCGCUGGACAUAAGGACACUCAGCUUUGAGGCUGUUACAACAAUUUAUCCAGUUGCUGAGCUUGGCAUAAAUCCUAUUGACAGCAUUGUAUCUGGGGACUACACCACAUCAGCGCCCACAGAGGACAAUACUCCAACUCAAAGUUUCCUCCCCACUGUGGCUGCAAUAGAAAACUACUCGGGUGCUUUUACAAGUGAACCAGAAACACACACCUUUGUGCCUUUCAUCCCAAACAUUGUCCCUGAAACUACACCUGCGGCCACUGAUGAGACUCUAAUGGCCUCUGUAGAAGAAUCCACAGAAGAUAGUGCAGAGGAGCCGAGUGGCGUCACAACACCAGACACCAAACUUGAUGAUGCGGCUGAGGCUGAACCUGAAGAACAGCUGAAAGACGGUGUUCCUGAACUGGAGGAUAGGGUCAAUGAGGACAAUCCUGCUGAGGUCUCCAAUGACCUGCCAGAGUUUACAGAUCCCACAGUAACUGAGAUGUCUGUCAUUGAAGUAACAGUCCCAGUCUACACCACAUCAUCUCCUGAGCAAGCUGUCCAAGAAAUACCUGUGCUUGCUGAUGUGGUCAAUGAGGAAAAUCCUGUUGAGAUAGCCAAUGACCUGCCAGAGUUUACAGAUCCCACAGUUACCGAGAUAACUAUCAUAGAAGCACCAGUCACAGUCUCCACACCAUCAUAUCAUGAGCAUGCUGUCCAAGGCAUUGAACCAGAUAUAGAUGAGGUGCUUUUGGAACCCCCUACAGAGAGCGAUAAAACCCCUGAAGACAGAGACGAGUCAAGUGGAGGGCACAGUGGAGUAUGGCAUAGUGGAAUGACACCAGUCUCCAUUGACCUACCUUCUGAGAACUCUUACACUCAAGAGGAUGUAUUGUCAAGUCCAAACAACACUGAGGCGGAAGUGACCAUAUCUCCAGAAGAAGACAGCGGCAGCGGAUACCCCUCGGAGUCUGAUGAACGACCGUAUGGAUCCACAGCUACACCGGCCAUGAGACUAGCCAGCACCCCUCUGGUGACCACAGUGGAGAAGACCAAAGAGUUAGUGGUUUUCUUUAGCUUGAGGGUGACUAACAUGAUGUUUUCUGAAGACCUGUUCAACAAGAGCUCCCCAGAGUAUAAAUCCCUGGAGAAUACCUUUCUUGAGCUGACACAGCACUCUGGGUCCAGAAAAUCUCAAAACCCUGGAGCUUCCAGUAAAUCUGGGUUUGGGAGACAGACAACUUUAGCCUCCAUACCGCUUCUGCCAUAUCUACAAUCUAAUUUGACUGGAUUCAAGCACCUGGAAAUUCUUAACUUUCGUAACGGGAGUGUUGUGGUAAACAGCCGGAUGAAACUAGACAAACCUGUACCUUACAAUGUCACAGAAGCUGUUCACUGUGUGCUCGAAGACUUCUGCAGCGCGGCAUCCAAACGUCUGGACAUCGAGAUUGACAGUCGCUACUUGGAAAUUGAACCAGCUGACGGAGCAGACCCCUGUAAGUUCCUGGCUUGCAAUGAGUUCUCACGCUGCGUGGUGAACCGUCGGACUGAUGAGGCAGAGUGUCUGUGCGAUCCGGGGUACAGCACCGUGGACGGCCUGCCCUGUCAGAGCACCUGCAUUCUGCAGCCAGACUACUGUCUGAACGGAGGCCUGUGUGAAAUAAUCCCUGGGCACGGAGUCAGCUGCAGGUGCCCUUUAGGUAAAUACUGGCACUACCAUGGAGAACGCUGCAACGAGAUGGUGUCAAUGCCAGUUGACCCUUCGCUUAUUGUAACCUGCCUCGUGGGAAGUCUCUGCCUUGUUUGUGCCAUCAUUGGCCUUUUGAUAUUCAUAAACAAGAAAUGUAUAAAGCCCAAAAAGACCUUAACCCUGGUGAACACCCUUUCACCUUAUGCCUUUGAGAAUACUUUGAGGGUGAACCCAGUAUUUGAGAAUGAUGAUGGUGCCUUAAGUCAAGUAUCCACAUAUCCAUGUCCUUCAAGUUCUGCUUCUUCCCAACAGUCUGAACAGGAACAUUUUGCCACUAUUGAAAAUAUACAUCUGAGUAUCGAGAUCCCCAGACAGCUCUACACAACAAGAUCAGAAAAGUUAGUCUCAGAAAUGGUGGACUUCCAUCACUGUAUACCACAUAAUGAGACUUGUCGUCGGCAAAAUGAAUACAGGACAUGCUGGUUCAUAAGGGCGCCUGAGAACGAAUGUUGUGAAGUCACGGAUGUCUGAUGACACCUUGGAGCAAAGGCCAGGGUGACAAAGCACAAAAACAAAGACUGAUGUGACUGUUUAACUGUAAACAGAGGCAUGCGAGAGUAGAGCAGAGAAAUGGUGAUUAAAGUGUUGAGAUUAAUUCUUCAUAGUGAUGAAAGUGUCUCUUUAGACAGAAAGCUAUGAAUACUAAGUGGAACCUAACUAUUAUUCUAUAUGUUGAACGAUAGGAACAUUUCCUGUAUAGGGCUGGCAAAGGUUCUUCUUUCCUCACAAUGAGGUAUUUAUUAUUUACAAACCGAUACACAUGGUGGUAUCUCGAGCUUAGACUUUAAAAUGUUGUUUAUUUUAAUGCCAUUCUGAACCACUGUUGUGUCCCAAAACGAGAAUGAAUGUAUGAGCUGGUUGGAUGCUGAGCUGUAUUUCCAUCAGUCCGUCUCAUUUGAAAC